AUGAUUCGUCUCCUCAAUAUUCUUUCCUCGGAUCACUUUGCGGAGAAACUUGCUUCGUCGGACGAUACAGCGACCCGUGACCAAAUCGAUGCCGGGGAAGUGAACCAAAAAACCGCGUUCUGGAAGGAAGUAGGUGUUGUGUAUCGCACCAAUACGACUGACUUCAAUGAACUUUUCGCUGAAGCAGCAAAUGACCCUCGCUACGGAUGUAUUAAUCCUUCGGUGACUGUAGAGCUCAACACAGCAAAGCUCUACGACAUGUGGAAAUCGGUGAACGGCAAGUUUGUGAAGGCGUUAGCUAGAUUCAAUGUGUCCGGACAAAGCUCCAACGAGUUCAACGAUUUUUGCAACGCGAAUUUAGAGGUCCUCUAUCUUCGAGUGUGCACGGGGGCGAAACCAGAGCUGAUGGAUUUUGUCAGUGGUGGCAAGCACGAAGGAGACGAAAUCGACUCGCUCACAAACCUGUUGCUCAGAUAA